CCAGAAUGGUGUGCACCAGGAAGACCAAAACUUUGGUGUCCACUUGCGUGAUCCUGAGCGGCAUGACCAACAUCAUAUGUCUGCUCUACGUGGGUUGGGUCACCAACUACAUCGCCAGCGUGUAUGUGCGGGGGCAGGAGCCGGCGCCCGACAAGAAGCUGGAGGAAGACAAAGGGGACACCCUGAAGAUUAUUGAACGGCUGGACCACCUGGAGAAUGUUAUCAAGCAGCAUAUCCAAGAGGCUCCCGCCAAGCCCGAGGAGGCCGAGGCUGAGCCCUUCACAGACUCCUCUCUGUUUGCACACUGGGGCCAGGAGCUCAGCCCUGAAGGCCGGCGCAUGGCCCUGAAGCAGUUCCAGUACUACGGCUACAACGCCUAUCUCAGUGACCGCCUGCCCCUCGACCGGCCCCUGCCUGACCUCAGACCCAGUGGGUGCCGCAACCUCUCAUUCCCCACCAGCCUGCCGGAGGUGAGCAUCGUCUUCAUCUUUGUCAAUGAAGCACUCUCGGUGCUUCUGCGCUCCAUCCACUCAGCCAUGGAACGCACGCCUUCACACCUGCUCAAGGAGAUCAUCCUGGUGGACGACAACAGCAGUAAUGAGGAGCUGAAGGAGAAGCUGACCGAGUACGUGGACAAGGUGAACGGCCAGAAGCCAGGCUUCAUCAAAGUCGUGCGCCACAGCAAGCAGGAAGGCCUCAUCCGCUCCAGGGUCAGCGGCUGGAGGGCGGCCACUGCCCCCGUAGUGGCACUCUUUGAUGCCCAUGUGGAGUUCAAUGUGGGCUGGGCUGAACCUGUGCUCACCCGGAUAAAGGAGAACCGGAAACGGAUCAUCUCCCCCUCCUUUGACAACAUCAAAUAUGACAACUUUGAAAUAGAAGAGUACCCUCUGGCCGCCCAGGGCUUUGACUGGGAGCUGUGGUGCCGCUACCUAAACCCCCCCAAGGCCUGGUGGAAGCUGGAGAACUCCACGGCCCCGAUCAGGAGCCCAGCCCUCAUUGGCUGCUUCAUUGUGGACCGCCAGUACUUCCAGGAGAUUGGCUUGCUGGACGAAGGCAUGGAGGUCUACGGAGGCGAGAAUGUCGAGCUCGGGAUCAGGGUGUGGCAGUGUGGAGGGAGCGUGGAGGUCCUGCCCUGCUCUCGGAUUGCCCACAUUGAGCGAGCCCACAAGCCCUACACGGAGGACCUCACCGCCCAUGUUCGCAGGAACGCCCUCAGGGUGGCUGAAGUCUGGAUGGACGAAUUUAAAAGCCAUGUCUACAUGGCAUGGAACAUACCCCAAGAGGACUCAGGAAUCGACAUCGGGGACAUUACUGCAAGGAAGGCUCUGAGGAAGCAGCUGCAGUGCAAGACCUUCCGGUGGUACCUGGUCAGCGUGUACCCAGAGAUGAGGAUGUACUCAGACAUCAUCGCCUACGGGGUGCUGCAGAACUCUCUGAAGACCGAUUUGUGUCUUGAUCAGGGUCCAGACACGGAGAACGUUCCCAUUGUGUAUAUCUGCCAUGGAAUGACGCCCCAGAAUGUGUACUACACGAGCAGCCAACAGAUCCACGUGGGCACCCUGAGCCCCACGGUCGACGACGAUGACAACCGAUGCCUGGUGGACGUCAACAGUCGGCCGCGGCUCAUCGAGUGCAGUUAUGCCAAGGCCAAGAGGAUGAAGCUUCACUGGCAGUUCUCUCAGGGAGGCCCCAUCCAGAACCGCAAGUCCAAGCGCUGUCUGGAGCUGCAGGAGAACAGCGACUCGGAGUUCGGCUUCCAGCUGGUGCUGCAGAAGUGCUCGGGCCAGCACUGGAGCAUCACCAACGUCCUGAGGAGCCUGGCGUCCUGACGCCGGGCGCCGCCCGCCCCUUUGCUACUGUGUAGCACCUGCUACAGCGCUGCCCGCUGCCCGCUGCCCGCCUGGGGUGGUCCGAAGUCCGGGGAACCAGGUUGGUGGGCCCCCCUAAAGAGCUUUUUAUUUCCUACUGAAUUUUCGUGGCGUUUCUAGAAAGAUGCUGAAUGGUGGGUGAAGGUAUAAUAUCAUAAACUAUUUUGCAACUGUAAAUA